AUGUACACUGCGGCAAAAGAGGGGACUCGUACGGGCAUAGCAGCUCUCAUUAGCAAGAAAGCGUUAUCCAGUUUGUUUGAUACCACAACGUCCCCAGACUCUUCCAAUAUGUCGUUUAGUGUCUACACGGUCGAAUAUCUUGGUGCACCUAAUCAUGAGCCAUUUACAUUGAAACCAACCCCGCCGCCCCCCGAACGUCUGAAGGAGGGUGUCUCUACCACGUCACUGGAAAUCUACUUCAGGGGCAAGGAGAUGGUGGAGACAGGCAAGCGGUCGGGGACGGCAGAGGGGCGGUGCAAUGGGAGCCGUUUCCAGCGCCCCGCUCACCGUCUCAACUUUAAGCACAACUUUAAGCACAACUUUAAGCACGCCCCUAAAGAGAUCACAACAGUCAUCUAG